AUGACACAGUCAGGGAGUGUGCAGGUUGAGGUGGAACCUUUCUGUUGUCCGAUCUGUCUAGAAGAGCUGAAGAUUCCUAGAUAUUUACCAUGUUUACAUACGUUCUGUGAGGCGUGCAUUCAGACCUACAUAUCUAGUACAGCAGCCCGUUUGGAGCAAAACACUCGGAAUUUCAUUGAGUGUCCAGUUUGCCGAAGUUCAGCCAUGGAACCGAGAAAAGGGGUUUCUAGCGAAGAAUGGGUAAAAGAUCUACCAGUCAAUAAAUGGAUAUUGACUAUGUCACUAAACUCGGCGAGUGACGCAAAUAAAUAUUGUCUCUUCUGUAGACGAGAGAAUCUUACAGUGUUGGCAAAACAUUGGUGUAAAACCUGCGCUGAACCUAUCUGUGACGACUGUAAUCGUAUUCAUAGAAAAGUACCUGUCCUCCGAAACCAUAAAAUUUACUGCUUCUCUGAUAAACUCAAGUGGAGCGAACCUGUUGAUGUCGAGGAACAAUGUAGUGUUCAUAAAGAAAAACUUGUGGAAGUAUUUUGUAUAGACCAUAAGAAAAUGUGCUGCAGUGUUUGUUUUGCAACACGGCAUAGACGUUGUUCUUGUGUUGAAUCAAUAGAAGAUGUUGCAUUGUUUCUUGAUUAA